CUAAGAAGGAAAGCAGGUGUUUUUGCCACUGUGAAAUUAAGACUGCAGCGGAAAGUGAUGAUGUAUACCAUGAGUGAUGUCUUGUUUUGCUGUAAAGGACCCUACAGCUGUAGAAAGAGCAAAUUUACUGAACAUGGCUAAACUGAGUAUCAAAGGACUCAUUGAAUCAGCUUUGAGCUUUGGCCGAACUCUGGAUUCUGACUACCCACCUUUGCAGCAGUUCUUUGUUGUCAUGGAGCACUGCCUGAAGCACGGCCUUAAAGUAAGAAAAUCCUUUCUAAGUUACAAUAAAACCAUCUGGGGUCCUCUGGAACUUGUGGAGAAAUUAUAUCCGGAAGCUGAGGAAAUAGCAGCAAGUGUCAGAGAUUUGCCUGGCCUUAAAACACCACUGGGCCGUGCCCGGGCCUGGUUACGGUUAGCGCUAAUGCAGAAGAAAAUGGCCGACUAUCUUCGCUGUUUAAUAAUUCAGAGAGAUCUUCUCAGUGAAUUUUAUGAGUACCAUGCACUAAUGAUGGAGGAAGAAGGAGCAGUUAUUGUUGGGCUGUUAGUUGGGUUAAAUGUGAUAGAUGCCAACCUCUGUGUGAAGGGAGAAGAUCUAGAUUCACAAGUUGGGGUGAUCGAUUUCUCUAUGUAUUUAAAGAGUGAUGACGACAUCGGCGGUAAGGAAAGAAAUGUACAGAUUGCUGCAAUUUUAGACCAAAAGAAUUAUGUUGAAGAGCUAAACAGGCAACUGAAUAGCACAGUUAGCAGUCUACAUGCAAGAGUUGAUUCACUAGAGAAAUCAAACACUAAACUGAUCGAAGAGUUAGCAAUAGCCAAAAACAAUAUAAUUAAACUUCAGGAAGAAAACCAUCAAUUAAGGAGUGAAAAUACCCUUAUUUUAAUGAAAACACAGCAUCAUCUAGAGGCAACUAAAGUGGAUGUGGAAGCAGAACUUCAGACAUACAAACACUCCAGGCAGGGUUUAGAUGAAAUGUACAAUGAAGCACGUAGACAGCUUCGAGAAGAAUCACAGCUUCGACAAGAUAUGGAGAACGAGCUAGUGGUUCAAGUUAGUAUGAAACAUGAGAUAGAACUUGCCAUGAAGUUGCUGGAGAAGGACAUCCAUGAGAAGCAGGAUACCCUCAUAGGCCUUCGACAGCAGCUUGAUGAAGUUAAAGCAAUUAACAUGGAAAUGUACCAAAAGCUGCAGGUUUCUGAAGAUGCUAUGAAAGAAAAGAAUGAAAUAAUUGGUCGAUUAGAGGAUAAGACCAAUCAAAUUAAUGCAGCUAUGAAACAACUAGAACAAAGAUUGCAGCAAGCAGAGAAGGCUCAAAUGGAGGCUGAGGCCGAGGAUGAGAAACUUAAACAGGAAUAUGUGAAUAAAUCGGAAAGUCUGCAGAAAGAAUUCUCCCAGAAGGAGAAACAGCUGCUUCAGCUGGAAACAGAUUUGAAGAUAGAAAAAGAGUGGCGGCAAACCCUGGAAGAUGAUCUUCAAAAAGAAAAGGAAACUGUGUCUCAUCUGAGAAUAGAGACCCAAGAAAUAAUUAACCUUAAAAAAGAGUUCCUUAAACUUCAGGAAAAGAACAAACAACUGAAAAGGAUAUGUCAAGACCAAGAAGCUGCUCUCCAAGAACUGGCAUCCAAGCUGAGCGAAUCAAAGCUGAAAAUAGAAGAUAUAAAAGAAGCGAACAAAGCAUUGCAGCAACUAUUGAGAAGAGACUCAUCGUAUGACCUCCUCCGGUGGGAGAGAACCACAGACUCCCUGAAGCCUCACAGGGAAAAGAUACUCAAUUGCUUUUGAUUUCUGGUUUGAUGUACAGCUACGCACUUGGAUGCUUUUCCUGCAGUGCUACGCCCUUCUAUAUUUUUACAACGUGUAUCUGGGACAGAAUAUGUACCCAGCUGAGCUGAAGUUACGUACUGCUUCUCAGUGAUCAAUAAAUAUUUGAUCACCAUCAAUAAGUAAACUUGUAGCACCAAAGCUGGUAAAACAAGACCCGUAAUGUCGAGAGGUUUGGAAUUUUCUUAAAGAUGUGCAAGGGAGCGCUUGAGAGCAGGGAUUUUGUCUGCACGUGUUCCAUCACGUGGUAUGCCACCUUGCGUAUUAUGCCAGUCCAAGUAAAGGUGUCUGAAAUGGUUUUGUUGAGCAGAUGCCUGGUUUUAUUAAUUGGUUUAAGCAGAAGUAAAUUAACAGUUCAUGACACUGUCCUGGUUUUUUUGCUUCCCUGCAUCUUGGGGACUGUUCCUAUGUGAUGGGCAGGGACAUAGGCUCAGCUCUGAGCCUUGGAUACCUUUCUGCUUUUCCCAGCUCAGCUUUCCUCUCUCGAACAUGUUCUCUUUGCACCUCUUCCUGCUCUGUCUUGUCUCUUAAGGUUUUGCAGUGUUUUGGAGCGGUCUUGCGCUGCUCUAGAGUGUCAUUGUGACACUGUACUGGUUUCGGGGCGUUAAGCAAUUUGGGCAGUUAAAUGUACCGCUGUUGGUUUGUCUCGUCCCCUGGAACCCAACGUUUAACUUCAUCAGAUACACACAGUUGUGAUAAUUUUUUCUGCAGGGCCAGGUUUGGUUGAAGGACAAAGAGGCUACACAUUGCAAGUUAUGUGAAAAGGAAUUUUCUCUUUCCAAA